AAUUUAAAACAAACAAAAAAACUAGUCCGUCUAUAAUUAAACUUUAUUUCCUUUUAGUCUUCUUGUUUAUUUUGACAGUGAGGCGCUGGUACGGGAGAGCGUGAAGUUUUUUUUUUUUUUUUUUUUUGGAGGGGGACGCAUCAGAAAGUCUCCGUCACAAAGUUGGCUGCGAGCCCGCGCGUCGCUGCUGCAGAAACACAGGAAGAAGCGUGAAGACGGAUGUAGAGACAAUGUCCACCAGCCGCGGCUCCGCUCUGCUCUCAGCCUCUUAACUUUUACGCGUUUUUUAAACCGACACAUGAGCUCCCGGCGGCUUCGGACGCGGCUCUGUCUGGAUUAACGAAGUGUGACUCUUAUCGACGUUUUGAGAAAACAUGGGCACCCAGGGGACGGGACGGAAAAGAUCCACCAAGAAGGACAAGUCGACGGCGGAGGACGAUGCCUUGAACCUCAUAGCCAGAGAGGCCGAGGCCAGGUUGGCGGCUAAACGUGCAGCCAGGGCAGAGGCCAGAGAGAUUCGAAUGAAGGAGCUGGAGCGACAGCAGAAAGAGAUCUUUCAGGUGCAGAAGAAAUACUACGGCUUGAACACGAAAGUAGACGACAAAUCCGACAGCAAAUGGGGAGAUAUUGAACAGUGGAUGGAGGACAGUGAGAGAUACUCACGUUCUUCAAGGAUACAAACGCUCUCAGACGACGAUGAGCGCAUGUCUGUGGGAAGCAGAGGCAGCGUCAGGUCGGAUCUGGACGCUGCUGGCGCGUAUAGUGGGGCCUCGUCCUUACAUAAGAAGUCUAAGAAAAAGAAGAAGCAUAAGCACAAAGACAAAGACAGAAACGACUGCGAUGACGAUUACAGCGUCAUAUCCAGCAGGAGCUCCAGACUGAGUGAUGACAGCCGAGUGUCUCGUGGCUCCAGAUUAGACCUGCAGCCGGCCUCUUAUGCUUCUUCUGACUUGUACGGCCUCAAUGGCCUGUCCUCUUCCAGAAACCCAGGCUCAGCUUUCAAUGGUUACCAGUUCUACAGGUCACUCAGUCACAUCUCCCAGCAGCUCUAUCGUAGGAGCUCCUUAUAUGAAGACAGUGUCUACAGUGGGUCACGGCGAGUCACUGGCUCCAGCUGCCACCCUUUAGAAUACACUAGUUAUCGCAGCUCCGGCUCCAGAGUCUCCAGCAGAGCCGGUUCAGCCCGGGCCAGCCCAGUGGAUAACUGCGGCUCCGUGGCCAGUUUUUUGCGGAGUGCAGCCGGUAGCAGUGGUCUCCCCAGGGACCUGGACGAUGUUACUAUUCCUGACUUUUCUGAUGUGGAGGACAGAGAUUAUCUUGAGAAGGGAUCUCGAGCAGCUUCGUCCCUCACAGCAGGGACGCUCACCUCCUUAGGAGGGUCGUCCUCCCGACGAGGCAGCGGAGACACGUCUGUAAUCGUGGAUGCUGAGAACUCCAUACGAGAAAUCAAGGAGAUUCAUGAACUGAAGGAUCAAAUUCAAGACGUGGAAACCAAGUACACGCAGAACCUAAAAGAAGCCAAGGAUGCUUUAGCGGAGGUGGAGGAGAAGUAUCGUAAGGCCAUGGUUUCCAACGCCCAGCUGGACAAUGAGAAGAACAACCUGAUGUACCAGGUGGACACACUCAAAGACUCGCUCAUGGAGCUGGAGGAGCUGCUGUCUGAGUCACGGCGGGAAUACGCCGAGAAAGUCAAGGAACACGAGCGAGAGAAACAUGCCCACAGUGUUCUCCAGUUCCAGUUCAGUGAAAUGAAAGAGACGCUAAAACAGAGUGAAGAGCUGCUGAAUGAGAUCCGUCAGCUGCGUUUAAAGCAGGAGGGCUUUGUUAGAGAAAUAUCUGACCUGCAAGAGACAGUGGAGUGGAAGGAUAAAAAAAUCGGGGCCUUAGAGCGACAGAAAGAAUACACAGAUGCGAUCCGAAAUGAACGCGAUGAGCUCAGAGAAGAGGUGGUAACGCUGAAAGAUAUUCUGAAGAAACAUGGAAUAGUUUUGGGACCUGACCUGAGCAUCAAUGGGGAGGUCGGCGAGGCGGAGGCUGAAGGUUCCCCCAGCUCAGACUCCCAAUCAGCUCCGGAUUCACAGAGUUUACCAGCGGAGGGGAACAGCAUGCUCGGCAAAACAGAGGAGACUGAGUUGAGAAGUAGCAGAGAGCAGAAGGAGGAGAAGGAGGAGGAGGUGGAUCCAGAGCAGCAGCAAGAAAAGCUGCAAGAGGAAGCCAAAGAGAAUCACUUGAGCUCUGACACGAUCUGUAACGUUGCUGAUGUGUCCACUCUGGAAACAUCUGGCAAAGAAGAGCCCUCAGAAGAACAACAGACAUGCUCACCCGUAGAGGAAGACAGUGUCGAGGACAAAGGACUCAGCCGUGAUUUAAAUGUUGUCGUGAAUGACUGUCCAACCACAGAAGCCAAAGAUAUAAUGGUUUGCAGCUCUGAACCUCCACAGGUUCAGUCUGCAACAUGUCCUGAGGAAAAUGGUCCAGAAAGAGAAAUAUCUGAGGUAAAGUUAGAAGAGGCCGGUAACCAAGAGUUAGAGACAGAAACCAAAAGUAGUAGCGAUGAUAUUAGAGAGACGAGUCACAGCGUAACAUCCGUCCCGGCUGCAUCAAACACUGAACCCCAACAAGAGCCUGAGAACACAGAGGAGGCAGAGAACGAUGAGGCAGAGGAAACGCCAAGUAAAUCUAAGGUUCAGGGCACACCAGCUUCAGGGAAGAAAAAGAAAAGGAAGAAGAAAGGCAAAAAGAAACCUCAAGAGAACAAGAACCAGCAAAAAGAUGGACCAGAGGAAGAAAACUGCAAAAAGGAAGACGUAAUUGAACCAGCAGCAAUAAAUAGUGAACCCACAAUACAACCUGACGUUCCCAGUCCUGUCGAGGAAACAGUAACCCAGUCAAAGGUGGAAGCUGUUAAAAAUGAAGAAGAUGAGCACAAAACUGAGGAAGUUUCUCCACAGGAAGAUUUCAAAGAACCAGAAAAAGAUGAAAAAGAUGCUGUUUCAAACGAGCUGCAGGAACAAGUUCUAGAAACCCAGACAUUAGAUGAAGAAAAAGAAGUGGAAAAAGUGACAUCCACAGAAAACGAUAUGGGUGAACAUGAGGAAAUAAAAGAGAUGGCAGCACCAGCAGAGGUGGUGGAAGCCACUGAAGAUGUCUCCUACGUUGAGACUCCAAAUGAAUCCAUGACAGAAACUUUAGCAACAGAGAAAGUAGAAGAUCCUGAUCCAGAGACCCUGAGUCCACCUGACAACCUGAUCUCCACCAAUAAAGAGAGUGACCUGGUUAUAGAGUGUACUGUGAGUGGAGAUAACUCUAACAGAGAACCUGUCUCUACUGAUGGGGAUGGCAGCCAUACCGUGUCUGAAACCACCCAUCAAGUAGAGGAGGAGUCUAUGGAUGACAUGAAAUGUGCAGCCAGUAACCUCGGAGACGAUAAAGACGAUGGCGUAAACGAAUCUGAAUCCACGAGUCAGGAAAACGCAUCUGUCCCAGUGCCACCUUUGACCGACUCCACCGACGCUUCCGAGAGCCCACCUGACUCGGAGAACUCUUUGAUCAAGGUUCCUGAUGAAGAACCCGAUGAGGCGACUGAGGCGGUGGUCGCAGAUGAUGUGGAGGCAGAAGUAGAGGCUGCACCAGAAUGCAUCCCAACUAUUGAUGUGACUCCCAGCGAGGGCGACGAUAAUCCAGAGCCAGAGCAGGACGGAGCUGAAGGCGAGGAGCUAAAUGAAGGUGUGAGGGAACCUGAAGGUGCGGUGGAACCUGAAGGCGUGAGGGAACCUGAAGCUGCGGUGGAACCUGAAGCUGCGGUGGAACCUGAAGGUGCGGUGGAAGCCGAAGGUGCGGUGGAACCUGAAGGUGCGGUGGAGACAGACGGCCCCUCGCAUGAUGGAAAACACGAGAGCGACGGCGAAUCAUUAACAAAAGAUCUGGAAGCAAUUGACGCUGAGGAGGCUGUUGUACGAGAUGAACAACUGGACGACGCAGAAGGCAAGACGGUAGAGGACGGGGAUCAGACCGAAGUGUCAAAUGCUGAGGUACCUCUGAAAACAGAAGAAGCAGUUGAGGUUGGUUCCUCCACUGAGCAGGACGCGGCUCUUGUAGAAGAUGCAGAACAUAAAAACAGUCCGGAUGAGGAGAGCGAGUCGUCCUCUUGUCCUCUGGCUGAGGAGCCUCAUGAAUCCGGUCAAGACAAAUGCGACGAUGCCGUAGAGGACGAAGAUGAAGACGAUGAUGAAGGGCAGUCUUUUGAUUUUGAUGACAUGGAUGUAGAAGCGGCUGUCGCGUCUGACCUACCUAAGAAUUCAAAGCAGGAAGAAAUUGAGGAGGCAGUUGAAGUCCUGCCAGAUGAAAGCAAGUCUGGUAGUUCAGGCUCGAAUGAAAACGCACAAGACGAGGCAGCUGAAAGCAGCAACGAAAAAGAAACGGAGCCUCAAGAAAACUCUGCCACCCAUGAAAAAGAAGCCACAUCGCAAAAGGUUGAAAAUGUUUCUGAAGAGCAGAGGAACGCAUCGAAGGAAGACACGGGCGAGCAGACGCGUGUGACAGGACAGGAAGAGGUUUUGAACGUUGCGGAGAACCUUAAGCGGGCGUCUCUGGUGGUAGAGGAAGGGUUAGAGGCUAUCAAACAUGACGUACAGGGCGAAGGUUCGGAUUUACCAAAAAGUGAGGUCCAAGACAGCAGCAAAGAGGCGGCGCAGUCAGGGAAAGAUGGGAAGAAGAGUAGUAAGAAGAGCAAAGGAAAGACCAAAGAGGAAUGUAAAAUGUCUUAGUGCAGUGUGGAUAAAUUUAAAUUAAUUUGAUGAUGUAACCGUCUACUGUCCUUUAAUUAGAAGUUUAAACCUUUCAGCACUUUGAUUUUGUCCCAGAUAAACUGGUGUGUGUGUGUUAUUUUGUUUCACUGAGGUCAUAUGUAAAAAAGAAGCCGAAACUAAAUAACUGUUGAGAUUACUUUACCUGCGGACCAAGCUGUUCUCGAUGUCCAUGCACGUUUAUCAAGCUGCUUGUGCCACAAUGCCACUGAUAGUAUUUCUCUGCCACACAACCUUUUUCUGUUAUUCUACAUCUAAUCCAGGAACUCAUUCAUAAAUUCACUUCAAAAAACAAAAAAAAAAACAGUAUAUUUUCUGGUGAAUCGCCUUAAACUCUAGUCAUAACUAGGUGUAGCCACAACGCUGAAGAUUAAAACGUGUCACGUUUGUUUGUCUCUCUCAGUCAUUUUCACUUUCAUGGACUCUUGAUUCUAAAGCAUAGAAAGUGUGUGAUUAAAUGUACGGCAUGUUUGCAUUUAUUUGCACUAAAUGGAAAGGAUGGAUUGGAAUGCUAAUAAACACCCUGCUGUUACCCAUUUGAAA